CCCGCUGGCCCCAAAGGAGCCAGCCUCUGGCUUCCCUCUGCAACGGGCUCUGUGCUUCAGACCCUGAGGGUUAGUUAGUACAAGCUUCGCGCCCUUCAGCACGGAUUUCUUCUGACACCCAGUUCAGCCGGUGGGGCUGGAGCUGGGGUGGGGCGCUGGACAGCUGCCCUCCCAGACCUGCUCCAAGCACCAUUAGGAAGGACCCUGCCAGGUGCAGGUGAGACUGACAGCUGGGAGAGCUGCCCCAGGCAUUUAGGAUCUGGCUGGGAAAGGUGAGUCAGUCCACUGGGGGCAGGGCUCCUGAAAUCAGGAUCUGCAGCCCAAGCUGGAGGCGCCCGCCCCCCCCACCACCAUGUCACCUGGAGAAAAACUGGACCCGCUUCCUGACACUUUCAUCCUGCAGCCGCCAGUCUUCCACCCGGUGGUUCCUUAUGUCACGACAAUUUUUGGUGGCCUGCGAGCAGGCAAGAUGGUCAUGCUCCAGGGAGCGGUCCCUGUAAAUGCACGCAGGUUCCAGGUGGACUUCCAGUGUGGCUGCAGCCUGCACCCCCGGCCAGAUAUCGCCAUCCACUUCAACCCUCGCUUCCACACCACCAAGCCGCACGUCAUCUGCAACACCCUGCACGGUGGGCGCUGGCAAGCCGAGGCCCGGUGGCCCCAUCUGGCCCUGCAGAGAGGAGCGAGCUUCCUCAUCCUCUUUCUCUUUGGAAAUGAGGAGAUGAAGGUGAGUGUAAAUGGACAACACUUUCUCCAUUACCGCUACCGACUCCCGCUGUCUCGUGUAGACACCUUGGGCAUAUAUGGAGAUAUCUUGGUGACGGCCGUUGGAUUCCUGAACAUCAGCCCAUUUGUGGAGGACGGUAGCGAGUAUCCGGUUGGACACCCUUUCCUGCUGAAGAGCCCCAGCCUGGAGGUGCCCUGCUCGCGUGCCCUUCCCCAGGGUCUCUGGCCCGGACAGGUCAUCAUAGUGAGGGGGCUGGUCUUGCCAGAGCCAAAGGAUUUCACGCUCAGUCUGCUGGACGAGGCCGCCCACGUUCCUGUGACGCUCAGGGCUUCCUUCGCUGACAGAACUCUGGCCUGGGUCUCCCGCUGGGGCCGGAAGAAACUGAUCUUGGCCCCCUUCCUCUUCUACCCACAGCGAUUCUUUGAGGUUCUGCUCCUAUGCCAAGAGGGAGAGCUGAAGCUGGCGCUCAGUGGGCAGGGCGUGGGGGCCACCAGCCUGGGCCAGCAGGCCCUGGAGCGGCUGCGGGAACUGCGAAUCAGUGGCAGCGUCCAGCUCUACUGCGUCCACUACUGAGGAGGGAUCCAGAGGGCCCAGCCGGAGAAGAAGAGGGCCAGCCUAUAGCCGGGGCCCCACCAGAUGCCCCCACUCUCCUACCCUCGUUAAAAUCUCCACCUGUCACCACGGUGUCAGGCCUGGCUCUCUUCUGGAACCAGGAGCCCGAGUCUGCAGGUGCUUUGGACCCCACAGCAGAAAGGGGGCACAAGAGUGUGAAGGCUCUGGAAACUCUGCAGUUCCCUCCACCAGGAGCCUGGGAUUUGGCUCUGGCUUCCUUCAGGGCCUAGACAAGGAGGCAGGCUUUGUAGCCUAAUGAAGAUACUCUAAAAUACAGCGGCUUUAAAAAUUUAGAUGUUUAUUUCCUUCUCAUCUAAACAGAAAAAUCGUCCAGGUCAGUGGGGCAGCUUUGCUCCUUAUGGACCUUCUGGGUCAUCCUAGUCAUCACCCCACCACCCCCAGGGCACCAGCAUCACCUGCGUGGCAGAAGCUCAGUAGCCGCCAUAUCUAGGUUUCAACCACUGAGAAGGCAAAUAGAGGAUAUGGACCAGGCCCAUCUGAUGUCAUAAGCCCAGACCUGGGAUUAGCACACGCUAUUUACACUCAUCUCAUUGGCAAGUACUCAGUCACGCAGCCACAUUAUCUGCAAGGGAGGCUGGAAGUGUCCUCCACGGGAUGACCACGUGCCUGGCCAUAGCUCUACUCCUGUGAUUCCUGGAAUAUUUGGUUUUAUUUAUAUUAUACCAUCUUAUUUUGUGUUUUCUAUUUACCAUUGCUAUUUUCCCUCAUAUUUUCAGCUUUCGUACUUGCUAUUGGAUUGAUAAAGUCUUCUUUAUCACCCUCCCCCUUUUUUUUCUUAUGCUGAUUUGGAAGUUGUAAAUUCCAUUUUAUACUUCUAGUGGUUAUCCUUACUUUUUAUUUUAUUUCUUAGUUAACACAAUAAAAUUGACUUUUGGGGGUGGGUAAAAUUCUGAGUUUUAACAUGUAUGUAGAUCUGUGUGGCCACUACCACAAUCAAGAUAUAUAACAACUCCAUCAUUCCAAAAAAUUCCCUGGUGUUACUUCUGUGUAAUUGCACCUCCUCCACCCCCUCCCUUAACCCCCAGCAACUCCCUGAUCUGCUCUCCAUUACUAUAUUUUGUGUUUUUGAGAAUGUCAUAUAAAUGGAAUCAGGUAGGAUGUGACCUUUUGAAACUGAUUUCUUUCAAUCAGCAUUACCCUUUGGAGAUUAAUCUAAGUUGCUGUAUGUAUCAGUGACUCAUUCCUGUUUAUUACUCAGUAGUAUUCCGUUGUACCACAAUUGACCCACUGAAGAACAUUUGGGUGGUUUUCAGUUUUUGACAAUUAAUGAAUAGAGCAGCUAAAGUCAUUUGUAUACAAGUCUUUGUAUGAAUGUAACUUUUCAUUUCUUUUGGGUUAAUACCUACUAGUGAGAUUGAUGGAUCAUAUGCUAAAUGCAUGUUUAACUUUAUAAAAAACUGUCACAAUUUUCCAGAGUUGUUUCAGAGUAGUUUUGGGAAUUUUGCUUUCCCACCAGCAAUCUAGGAGAUUUCCAGUUGUUCUGCAUGCUCAUCAAUACUCAUAAUUGGGGCUUCCCUGGUGGCGCAGUGGUUGAGAGUCUGCCUGUCAAUGCAGGGGACAUGGGUUCGAGCCCUGGUCUGGGAAGAUCACACAUGCCGCGGAGCAACUGGGCCCGUGAGCCACAACUACUGAGCCUGCGCGUCUGGAUCCUGUGCUCCGCAACAAGAGAGGCCGCGACAGUGAGAGACCCGCGCACGGCAAUGAAGAGUGGCCCCUGCUUGCCGCAACUAGAGAAAGCCCUCGCACAGAGACGAAGACCCAACACAGCCAAAAAUAAAUAAAUUAAUAAAAGAAAAGAAAAAAAAUUUUUUAAAUAAUACUCAUAAUUGUCGGCAUUUUUUAUGUUAGCCAUCUUCAUUGGUGUGUAGAGGUAUCUCAUUGUGGCUUUAAUUUGUAUUUGCCUAGUGGCUAAAGAUGUUGAGCGUCUUUUUGUGUGCUAAUUUUCCAUCUGUGUAUUCUCUCUGGUGCAGUGCCUGUUCAGAUCUUUUCUGCAUUUUUAAUUGAGUUGUUUGUUUUCUUAUCACUGACUUUUAAGAGUUUCUUUAUAUAGGCUGCAUAAAUGUCCUUUGUCAAGUAUGUGAUUUAUAAGUAAUUUCUCCCAGUCUUAGCUUAUCUUUUCAUUCUCUAAACAGUUUCUUUCGCAGAGCAAAAGUUUUUAAUUUUGAUAAAGUCCAAUUCAUCAAUUUUUUCUUGAAUUGUAUUUUUGGUGUCAUAUCUAAGCAGUUUUUGCCUAAUGAAAAUUUUCUCCUUUGUUUUCUUCUAGAAGUUUUAUAUGUCAUAGUUCACAUAUAGAUCUAUGAUCCUUUUAAAAUUAAUUGUUAAUUAUGUUGUGCAGUUUAGGUUGAAGUUUUAUGAGGUUUCUUUUGGUUUGGUUUGGUUUGGGUUUUGCAUUUGGAUGUCCAGUUAUUCCAGUAACGUUUUUGAAAAGACUAUCUAUCCUCUGUUGAAGUGCUUUUGCAACUUUGUCAAAAAUCAAUUGGCCAUAUUUGGGCAAGCUUAUUUUUGGACUCUAUUCUGUUCCAUUAAUCUAUGUGUCCAUCUCUUGGCCAAUACCACACUGUCUUGACUACUGCAUAUUUGUAGUAAAUCUUGAUAAUGGGUAAUGUAAUUCCUCCAACUUUAUUCUUCUUCAAAAUUAUUUUGGCUCUUCUUGAUCCUUUGCCUUUUCUUAUAAAUUUUAGAAGCAGCUUGUCCAUACCUACAAGAUAUGCUGCAGGGAUUUUGAAGGGAAUUGCAUUAAAAUUUAUAAAGCAACUUGGGAAAAAUUGACCUCUUUAUUAUGUUGAAUCUUUCAAUCCAUUAGCACAACAGGUCUUAACAUUUACUUAGGUCUUUGAUUUAUUUCAUCAGCAUCUUCUAGUUUUUAGUAUACAAAUCCUAUACAUGUGUUGUUAGAUUUAUAGCUAAGUAUUUCAUCUUUUUAGGGUUAUUGUAAGUGGUAUUUUUUAACUCCAGUUUGCAAUCGUUUAUUGUAAUUAUAUAGAAAUAUGAUUGAUUUUCUAUAUAUAGAAGUGUUUUUGUCUAUUACAUAGAAUCUUUUACAUAAAUCUUUUACAUGUUGUCUGUGAAAAGGGACAAUUUUACUUCUUCCUUUCCAAUCUAUAAGGCUUUAUUUUUCUUGUCUUAUUAUGCUGGCUAAGAAUUCUAGUGCAAUGUUGAGUAGGAGGAGUGAGAGUAGACUUCUUUGCCUUGUUCCCAAUAUUAGGGAGGAAGCCUUAUGAUAUUAACUGUAGAUUUUUUGUAGAUGCCCCUUAUCAAGUUAAGGACAUACCCUUCUAUUUUAGUUUACUGAGAGUUUUUAUUAUUAUUACUAUUAUUACGAAUUUACCACAAAUUAUUACGAAUGGAUGUUGAAUUUUGUCAAAGCUUUUUUCUGCAUCAAAUGAUAUGACCAUUUGUUUUUUAUUCUUUAGGCUAUAAAUAUGGUGUAUUACAUAAUUGAUAAUCAAAUAUUGAACCAGACUUGCAUUUCUGCGAUAAACUCUACUUUGCCGUGGUGUAUUAUUCAUUUUGAAAAUAUAGACAUACCUCGUUUUACUGUGCUUCAUUUUAUUGUGCUUCACAGAUAUUGCAUUUUUUAACAAAUUGGAGGUUUAUGGCAACCCUGUGUCAUGCAAGUCUAUCAGUGCCAUUUUUUCCAACGGCAUAAUUUUUUAAUUAAGGUAUGUAUGUUGUUUUUUAGAUAUAAUGCUAUCGUAUGCUUAAUAGACUACAGUACAGUGUAAACAUAACUUUCAUGUGCACUGGAAUACCAAAAAAUUCCUGUGACUCUCUUUAUUGUGAUAUUCGCCUUAUUGUGGUAAUGUGGAACCAAACUCACAAUAUCUCUGAGGUAUACCUGUAGCUGGAUUUGAUUUGCUAAAAUAUUUUUGAGGAUUUUAGCAUCUGGUUUAUGAAGGAUAAUGAUUUCUAAUUUUACUUUCCUGCACUAUCAUUGUCUGUUUUUGGUAUCAGGGUAAUGCUGUCCCCUCCUCUAUUUUCUGGAAAAGUUUGUAAAAAUUGGGGAUAUUUCUUUAAUCUUUCAUAGAAUUUGCCAGGGAAGCUAUCUAGACCUGGAUAUUUCCAUUUGGAAGAUUUUUAAUUUAAAAUUCAAUUCCUUUAAUAGGACAUAGAAAUAGGCUAUGUAUCUAUUUCAUCUUGGGUUGGUUUUGGUAGUUUGUGUUUUUCAAGAAAUUGGUCCAUUUAAUCUUAGUCAUCAAAAGUAUAUAUGUAGGUAGAGUGCAUAAUAUUAUUUUCUUAUCAUUUUAAUGUCUGGGGGAUCUUUAGUGAAAGCCCUUUUUUCAUUUCUGAUAUUGGUAAUUUGAAUCUUUUUCCCUUUUUUUAAUUGACCUUUUCAGGAAAACAGCAUUGGCCCUGUUGAUUUUCUCUUCUGUUUUCAGUUUCCAAUUUUAUAGAUUUCCACUCUUAUCUUUAUUAUUUCCUUCUUUCUGCUUGCUUUGGUUUAUUUUGCUCUUUUUUUCUAAUUUCUUCAGUUGGAAGCUCAGAAUACUGAUUUUAAACUUUUCUUCUUUUCUAGUAUAAGCAUUUAAUACAAUAAAUUUCUUCUUGGCACUUUAGCUAUAACACACAAAUUUUGAUAUUUUGGGUUUAUAUUUUAUUCAUUUUAAAAUAUUUGCUAAUGUCCAUUGAGACUUCUUCUUUGACCAAUGGAUUAUUUAGAAGUAUGUCAUUUAAUUCCAAGUGUUGUAGAUCAUUCUGAUAUCUUUCUGUUAUUGAGCUGUAGUUUAACUCACACUUUGUAUAAUUUCAAUUAUUUAAAAAUUUUUAAUAUUUUCUUAUGAUCCAGAAUAUAAGCUUUAGUGAAUGUUCUGUGGACACUUGAAAAGAAUAUGUACUCUGAUGUUGAGUUGAGUGUUCAAUAAAUGUCAAUUAGAUCCAAUUUGUUGAUGGUGUUUUUCAGUUCUUCUAUGUUAUUGCUGGUUUUCUGGUCUACAGGUCCUAUCAGGUUUUCAGAGAGGAAUGUUAAGUCUUCAGCUACAAUUGCAUAUUUAUCUAUUUCUCCUUUCAGUUCUGUCUGGUUUUGCUUCCUUUAUUUUGAAGCUCUAUUGUUCAGUGCAUAUCAAAGUGUGUUUUAGAUAUGAUACUGUUUCUCCAGGGAAGUGGGGAUAUUUUGUAUAUUACUCAUGUAGAAUAAAAAAAGU